UAGCGUAUUUCGCCAUUUUUGGGGGUCCGGUAAGACAGGCAGUUUCAAUCACUUGAGAAUAGUCCAUGGCCAUAUCUGGAUCGCCACAUCGUGAUUUUAAGACUUCUGUGCAUUUCACAAGCAUGUGCAUGCAAUGGAUGGAGAAAAGGGCCAUCAGAGGGACUCCGAUGGAUCCGCCCACCAGACCAGCGUCUUUGAAUGCGGCUGGUAUAGCGAACAGUCCAGCUCCCAAAUUACCUUUGAUCAGGAGUACAGUGAUCGCUGCCUUCCAACUCAGUCCAGUUCUCCAGAUUUAGGAACGUGGAAUUUCCUACGAUACAUCGGCUCCUCUCUGCGCCAAUUCGUAUUCGGCAGGCCAAGUCGUCGUCGUUGUGAAAACAUAAUCGAAACCAACUCCGCCAGUAGCAAAUCUACCAUUAUGACGGUUGCGUCGGAUAGAUCAGAGAGGUCCGAGAAAUCCAUUGCAACAAAUGGAAGUAAUAGAACUGCGGGUCCUAUUCAGACUCGCGUUUUGUCCCUUAACGACGGAGAAAACACGGAACACAUUCUUUAUCGAUUGCAAAAAGGCUGGAAGCUUCAAUUCCGUCUCGGACCUUCAUUGCUAGGCAGACGAAUACGCCUAUACGUGAAUCAUCCUAUAGCUGAUGAAGAUGGGAACGUAGAACUGUUUGAACGCACGCAAUAUCGCCAGGUGGAAUGGCAACAUGAUAGCCGCAACAAGGAUGACGACACGGCUGUUUAUGCUGAUAUUCUCACUAUUGCUCCAGGAUCUUAUCACUAUUACAUGAUUGACCAUGAAAGCGAGGACCCGAAGCCGUGCGGUUCUGGUUAUUUCCUUGUCGAUCCCGUUCUCACUUACGGUUAUGAUGACGAGAUGCUGCCAAUCGACUGCAUUCACUGUCAAACGGUCCUCACGAAAUGUCUUGGUCCAUUCAGCCAAUGGGAAGAUCGACUCAGGGUUGCCAAAGAAUCUGGCUACAAUCUCAUUCAUUUUACUCCCGUUCAGGAACUGGGCGGCUCCUUGUCGUGUUACUCGUUAAGGAAUCAACUUCGUUUCAAUCCCAUGUUUUACGAUGAAGGACGAGAAUAUUCUAUGGAAGACGUGGCCAAAUUGGUUAACAAGAUGCGCAACGAAUGGAAGAUGCUCAGCAUCUGCGACAUUGUCUUGAACCAUACUGCCAAUGAUAGUCCGUGGCUGCAAGAGCAUCCGGAGAGCACCUACAAUCUCAUUAACUCUCCCCACCUGCGUCCUGCCUACCUGCUCGAUCGUCUUCUCCACCACUUGUCGGUUGAUAUUGGAAAUGGUAAAUACACCGAUAGAGGAAUCGACACUAGCAUCACAUCCGAGGAUCACAUUGAGGCUAUUGGCCGCCUGCUGCGUGAUCAACUUGUCCCGUCUCUUCUGCUGCAUGAAUUCUUCCUUGCCGAUUUGGAAGCCCUCGUAACCGAAUUCCUGGAAAGGAUGGACGAACGUCUCGUUUUGGACGAAAUCCAUCCUCCAUCAAAGCCCAUUACAUUGAAACUGAUUCAGGAUCCUCAGUACCGACGUUUCAAAACAACGGUGGACAUGGAUACCGCUUUGGAUUUGUACAAUACUCCGAGGAGUGAAGCCUAUGAUGAAGACACUCGACGACGUAUUAGCGCAGACAAAUUCCGUUCGGCAAUCGAGCAAUUAAACGGCGCCAAAUUUCACGAAAUCGAGAGCCACUUAUCGUCGGCCGUCAAUAACGUCCUGGCUACUAUGCGUUACGAAAGGCUUCAAUGGGAUGGCCCACAAUUGAAACAAGUUUCCGUCCAGCAGCCUUUAGUUACACCGUACUUUUAUCAAACGGCUUCGCACACUUUGGCGGAAGAGGAGGCGAAUAUGUUCACUCCUGAUGCGGCGCUCAUUAUGGCUCAUAAUGGCUGGGUAAUGAACGACGAUCCGUUGCGUAACUUUGCCGAACAGAGCUCCAAUGUCUACAUCCGUCGUGAACUUAUCGCAUGGGGAGAUAGCGUCAAACUGCGGUACGGAGAACGGCCGGAAGACUCGCCGUACCUGUGGGAGCACAUGCGCCAGUACACGGAGGAGACGGCCCGCGUCUUCCACGGCAUACGUUUAGACAACUGUCAUUCAACACCCAUACAUGUAGCUCAAUAUUUGCUGGAUGCAGCCAGGAAAGUGCGUCCUGAUCUCUACGUUAUCGCGGAACUGUUCACCAAUUCCGAUCGCACGGAUAACAUUUUUGUUAAUCGAUUGGGCAUUUCGUCCUUGAUCCGCGAGGGAAUGUCGGCAGGCAAUAGUCAUGAGCUCGGCCGGCUUAUUCAUCGAUUUGGCGGUGAUCCUGUAGGAGCUUUCAUCCAGCCUUUGGCUCGCCCUCUGCAACCAUCCAUUGCCCAUGCCAUUUUGUUGGAUCAAUCCCACGAUAAUCCUUCGCCUGUUCAGAAACGUUCCGUCUAUGAUUUACUGCCCACUGCAGCGCUUAUCAGCAUGGCGUCGUGCGCCACUGGAAGCAACCGCGGCUAUGAUGAACUUGUUCCUCAUCAUAUUCACGUGGUGAAGGAAAAUCGGUUUUACGCAUCCACGAGUGAAUUGCCUGGACCUUCGAGUACGCUGGAUUACGGCAUCAUAAAGGCCAAACGAGCCCUCAAUGACAUGCACCUGAAACUCGGCACCUCAGGCUAUUCGCAAGUCUAUGUCGAUCAAAUGACGCCCGAUGUUGUAGCCGUCACUCGCCAUUGCCCGGUGACUCAUCAAUCCAUUGUUUUAGUUGCCCACACGGCUUUCAACCAUCCGAAUGAAGGCACUGAACAAGGAUAUAUUAAACCGCUAGUCCUAGAUGGAUGCGUCGAAGAGGUGAUUUUAGAAGCCCAAGUCGUCCAUAAGAACCAUAGUCAGGGAGGAUCGCGUUAUGUGGCGCCCAACGGUCAUCAGCCGCAUCCUAGCAGGAUCAACGGUUGUGAUGACUACCAGUGUAUCAUUCGUCAAAACGUUAGGGUGGAGGAGGCGCAUAUGUUGAAAAAAAUUAGCGAUGCAUCAUCGGAUUCGUCGGGCAAAACGGUCAUGCACUUCCAAAAUUUCUUGCCUGGCUCCGUGUUAGCCAUUAGAGUUAGUUUGACUUCGGAAGCACAAUCAGCUGUUGUCCAUCUUCGCAGCCUCCUCACUGGCCUCGCUCUUCCAAUCUCAUCCUCGCCUACACCAUCUCCAGUUGCUACAACUCCCAAUCUGGACGAAUUGCAACGAGCACUUAGUGCCAUGAAAUUGGUCGAUUUGAAUUUGGCGCUUUACCGCUGCCACGAAGAAGAAGUGGAAGAUGGCCGUCCCGGUUCUUACGUAGUACCAGGUAGUGGACCAAUCAUUUAUUGCGGUCUUCAGGGCGUCAUGUCACUCUUGAGUGAUAUUCGACCUAAAAACGACCUUGGCCAUCCCUUGUGCGCCAAUCUGAGGGAGGGUGAUUGGCUGUCAGCCUACAUCAGCAGCCGACUCAUGCAACACACAGGGACAGCUGAUUUAGGCCGUUGGUUGGAAUCUGCCUUGGGUCCAUUGAGCAAAUUGCCACGAUUCUUGGUCCCUUGUUAUUUUGACGCCAUCAUUACUGGGACUUAUCUAACUCUGCUGGAACGCUCGUGGUCUCUCAUGUCAAAGUUUGUCAACGAAAGCUCCACUUUUGUGAAAGCUGUUGCAAUGGGAUCAGUUCAAUUCGUUGGCUUAAUGGGUAAUGCACGAUUGCCCGAAUUAUCGCCCUCUUUGGCUCCACCCAUGCCCCUCGUCCGGGUAAGAAAUGGCCAGCCGGAGCAAGCCUGUCCGACUAUUUCAGCUGGUUUGCCCCACUUUUCAGUUGGUUAUAUGCGCAACUGGGGAAGAGACACGUUCAUUUCUUUGCGUGGUCUUCUGUUGCUGACCGGUCGUUACCAAGAGGCACGUUACAUCAUUCUUGCCUUUGGAGGGUGUCUUCGCCACGGUUUGAUUCCUAACUUACUGGAUGGUGGUCCCAAUGCCCGAUUCAAUUGUCGCGAUGCUGUCUGGUGGUGGUUGCAAUCCAUUUGCGAUUACUGCCGUUUGGCUCCUAGAGGCCACACGAUCUUAGACGAUGCCGUGAGCAGACUCUUCCCGGAUGAUGAAUCACCUCCUAUGCCACCUGGAACCAAAAAUCAACCGCUUUGCGAUGUCAUGCAAGAGGCUCUGCAACGUCAUUUCCAAGGCGUAGAGUUCCGUGAACGUAAUGCCGGAUUUGCAAUUGAUCGCGAAAUGUUGGAUGCUGGUUUCAAUAACAAGAUCGGUGUCAACACGGAAAACGGUUUCGUUUUUGGUGGCACUGCUCAAAAUUGUGGAACUUGGAUGGACAAGAUGGGAUCUAGUGCCAAGGCCGGCAAUAAAGGGGAACCAGCUACUCCACGAGAUGGUUCAGCUGUUGAAAUUGUUGGCUUAUCACGUUCUGUUAUUGGUUACUUAUGGGAGUCUUUCACCGCUGGCACUUACCCAUAUGCUGGAGUCGAAAGACUCAACGAAGAUGGCACGAAAACUCGUUGGACCUAUGACGAAUGGGCUCGUCAAAUUGAUCGAAACUUUGAACGAUACUUUUGGAUCAAUGCUGAACCCGAUUCGUCCAUGGAACCGCACCCCGAGCUUAUCAAUCGUAGGGCCAUUUACAAGGAUUCCUAUUUGGCAUCAAAGCCAUGGGCUGACUAUCAGCUUAGACCCAACUUUGUUGUUGCUAUGGCUGUGGCUCCUACAAUGUUUACACCGUCGAGAGCUUGGCAAGCAUUGCAAAUGGCUCUCCAACACUUGCUAGGACCGUUGGGCAUGGCAACUUUGGACAGUUCAGAUUGGUCUUACCGACCAAAUUAUUGCAACUCCGAUGAAAGUGAUGAUCCGAGCACGGCCCACGGUUUCAAUUACCAUCAAGGACCCGAAUGGCUUUGGCCAGUCGGAUUCUUGCUCCAGGCUAUGCUGUACUUUGCUCCAUUGGUCGGUGGAGUAUCUGAACUCAGGAAAACCAUCCGAAAAGUGAAAUCGAUCUUAUCGCGCCACUUCGUGGAAAUUCAACAGUCCCCGUGGCGCUCAUUGCCCGAACUUACCAACCAGAAUGGUAAAGUCUGUCCUGAUUCAAGUCCAGCUCAAGCUUGGUCCAUGGCCACAAUUCUCGAGGUUUUGUAUGAGCUUGACAACAUCGAACAUAAACAGAACAUGAACAUCAACAAGUUGUGAGUCGAGAGCUGUUACUGAAUUCUUCAUUGUUUGGGAUCUUUUAGACGCUUUUUGAAAUUUAAUCACAUGAAGUCCUAUAUAAGGGGAAAAGGGAGAAAGUAGUUGUUUUGAAAUGUCAUUUCCCACCUUCAGCCGCACACCCGUGUACUUUUAGCCGUCUUCUACUUAGGCGCAUCUACUUUUCUUCAACAGUUUAUUAAAACAUCUUAUGUCGUUUUUAUCGCGUUUGUUAUCAACAUAGUGGAGAAUUCUAUUAUGCCACUGUCUGGCAGCUAUAUUGUAAUAUGUAGAAAAAUACACAUCUUUGUGCCGGCUUA